AUGGUUGGUUUAGCACCUAUUUUAUUUUCUCUCCUGCUAGGAGGGCUACCCAUACUGUUGGCUUGUAUUCUUGUGAAAAAGUUCUCUGCAACACAUGAUCAUCAAAAUCCUGCUAAAAACUUGCCUCCUGGAAGCAUGGGGUGGCCUUGGUUUGGAGAGACCCUUGACUUCCUUAAGCCUCAUUAUACUUACUCUGUGGGAAGCUUCUUGCAACAGCAUUGCUCUAGAUAUGGGAAGGUUUUUAAAUCGCAUCUAUUUGGUUCACCAACCAUAGUUUCAUGUGACCUCGAGCUCAACAUGUUUAUUCUUCAGAAUGAAGAGAAGCUAUUCCAAGCCAGCUACCCCAAGGCCAUCCAUGGCAUUCUUGGAAAGCAUUCGUUACUCACCAUAUCCGGAGAGCUUCAUAGAAAGCUUAGAAGCAUUGCUGUCAGCUUCAUUGCCAACUCUAAGUCGGCCCCCGAUUUCCUUCACUGGGUUCAGAAGCUGUCAAUCUCAAUGAUGGAUUCAUGGAAUGGCUGCAAACAAGUAUCCUUCUACAAACAAGCUAAAGCUUUUACACUGAGUCUUAUGGUGAAGCACCUUCUAAGUGUUAAACCAGAGGAGCCAGUAGCCUCGAGGAUAUUGCAAGACUUCGAAACCUACAUGACAGGCUUUGUUUCUCUACCAGUAAAUAUCCCUGGGACAGCUUAUGCCAAAGCUGUGAAGGCUAGAGUAAGGCUGUCUUCCACUGUCAAAGAGAUUAUGGAAGAAAGAAGAAAAGGGAAUGUUAAUAGAAACACAGAGGACUUCUUGGAUGUGAUAUUAUCAAAACAGAGCCUAAACGAUGAAGAAAUAGUGAGCAUUGUGUUGGACAUAAUGUUAGGAGGCUACGAGACAACCGCUACUCUUAUGUCCUUGAUUGUCUACUUUCUUGCCCAUGCGCCUAUUGCUUUCCGCAAGUUAAAGGAAGAACACCAGAGCAUAAGGCAAAACAAAAAAGAUGGGGAAUUCUUGAACUGGGAAGAUUACAAGAAAAUGGAUUUUUCCCACUAUGUUAUAUAUGAAGCUAUGAGAUGUGGGAAUGUAGUCAAAUUUGUGCACAGAAAAGCUCUUGUCGACGUGAAAUUUAAAGAGUUUGUCAUACCAUCAGGAUGGAAGGUUCUUCCAAUCUUUUCUGGGGCGCAUUUGGAUCAAGCUCUUCACGAAAAUCCUGCGGAGUUUGAUCCUUGGAGAUGGGCAGAAGAUUACAAAGAAAUGAGCAAAAAAGUGACAGUGUUUGGUGGUGGAGUGAGGCUCUGUCCGGGAGCAGAACUGGCUAAAGUAGUGAUUGCAUUCUUCCUUCAUCAUCUUGUCCUUAGUUAUAGAUGGAAAACAAAACCAGAUGAGUCUCCACUUGCUUACCCUUUCGUGCAAUUCCGGAGAGGCUUGCAAUUAGAGAUUGAGCCAGCUGAUGCAGCAGCUGCCUGA